AGAAAUCUUAUAAUCUGUCAAAUUUGUAUAUAAUAAACAAAUUCGAAUUGCUUUAAAAUGAAUAAUUCAUUUUUAAUACUCUUUAAUAUUUUAAAACGCAUUAAAAAGAAUUAAUUUUACAUAUGUACAAACGCUCUAAAAUAUGUAACGUGAAUUCCAGCACGUGAAGAAAUACUUACCAAAAUGUGAUUAUCUAUGGUCAUGUUUAUUAAUUUAGAAAAAUGGAAGUUCUGAUUUCAAAGAAAAUAAUUUUGUCUUUGUUACUGUUAGCUACUAUAUCCUUGUAUGUAUCUUUUGUAUUUAAUUCCUGUGUAAUAUCCAGUCUAUCCAAAGCAAUACCUAAGUGGCAAACACAUCCAGUGAUAGUAAACGAAAUACCCUUAGUUCAUUACACUUCCUCUGUUCGUGUAGUAUCUUUACUAGAAGGCAAUGAAACCGACAUAUCUCCAAAAUACAAAUUUUUUAGAGAACAGGGUCUGAGACCAGAAAGACAAUUACCAAGUGCUUUAAUUAUUGGUGUGAAGAAGGGAGGCACUCGAGCCCUUCUGGAAUUCAUCCGAGUCCACCCGGAUGUACGAGCGGCCGGCAGCGAGGUCCACUUCUUCGACAAGAACUACGUGAGGGGCUUCCAAUGGUACCGAACGCACAUGCCCGCCACUCUCGAGGGACAGCUCACCAUCGAGAAAACCCCAUCGUACUUCAUCACCAGAGAAGCCCCACAUCGAGUGCAACUAAUGAAUCCAUCCACUAAGUUACUUGUAGUCGUAAGAGAUCCUGUUACCAGGGCCAUAUCUGAUUAUGCUCAAGCUAUUUCGAAAAAAAUUGAUAUGAAGCCUUUCGAGCAGUUGGUUUUCGUUAACGGAUCCAUAGGAAGUAUCAUCGAUACGUCUUGGGGUCCGAUCAAGCUAGGAAUCUAUUCGAGGUAUCUGACGCGGUGGUUAAAGUUCUUCCCUCUCUCUCAGUUUCUAUUCGUUAGUGGUGAAAGGCUCGUUCUGGAUCCGGCCAUCGAGCUGCGUCGCGUCCAGGACUUCCUGGGUCUCAAACGAGUGGUUACUGAGAAGCACUUUUAUUUCAACUCCACCAAAGGUUUUCCGUGCCUAUUUAAAAGCGAAGGGCAUUCGGCUCCUCACUGCCUAGGUAAGACUAAAGGGCGUAGCCAUCCUUACGUCAAUCCCGUUGUACUACAGCGCCUCAGGGAUUUCUAUCGCCCGUUUAAUAAUCACUUUUACCAAAUGACGGGAAUUAAUUUCGGCUGGGCUUGAAAUAGGAAGAUGUUAUCUACUCUACUACGUUCACUCCCAAGAUAAGCUCGAGAUCACAGUUUCAGACACGUGUACAGGAUUAUAUCAGCAUCCAAAAUAAAAGCAACUCAUAUUCAUUUAAUUUUUAAACAUCUUAAAAACAAACAUCGCCGGUUGUUGUAAAAUAAUUAGGUGACACCGAUUGCCCAACAUAGUGCACUAGUCUUCAAGAACUCUUUGUCAGCUAUUCGAUAUUAUUAAUAUUUCACGGUCGAGUCGUAUCAACAAUCUAAAUAACAACAUUUACAAGUUUAUUUAUAGAUUCAGGAGAAGCAUCGCUGAUAAUUCUUUUAUCAUUCGUUAUUCGUGAUUCAUUAUUCAUCAUGCACUAUUUAGACCUCAAGCUCACCAGCUAGUUACUGUUGCGUUUAGAGUUGGUGAAUAAAUACAUGUUUAACAAAUAGUGUCUGCUUCAUCAACCCUCAUCAUAGGGGGUAACUACCCCACCUAACAUAGGACGUUCCUGAGGGUGGAGUACCACCAUACACGUGAUGGUUAGUGUGUCGUGUCGUCGCAACUUGUCAUUGGUUUUUGUUAUUCUAGUGUUGACUCCACUAAUGAAGCUUAGCUAUAACCAUUGCCAAUUUGUCUCUGUCUUCUGCUUUUGUUAAAAUCGUCUGUGUGUUUAACCCUGUCCAGUCGCGACUGUUUUUCAGCUAGAAUAUAUUUGUUGUCUACCAGGACCCCUUUUUCCUUCAAUUUUACCCUUCAUAAUCAGCUGCAACAACUCGUACUUAUCAUUUUUAAGUAUGUGCGUCAAAUAUGCUGUCUUUCUCCUUUUAAUUUUUUUUAUUUAAUUUAAAAGUAUUUUGCAAUCUGUUGAGUGUCAACAAUAAACAAAAGUAAUGACAUUGACUAAGGACAAGAAAGAUUUUACCCACUGGCAAAAUCAAAGUACAAUUUUUAUAAAGUUGUGUAGAAAAUAAUUACUUUUAUAACUACAUACUAACUAAUUAGUUUAAAAGUUAACUCUAAAUGGUAAGUCCAGUGGUUUGAACCUCUUUAACCUACGCUGUUCUUGGGAAUUGUCUAGGAGGUUAAGUGCAAACUGGUUUUCAUGAUCCUCCAACUUGGCAAUGUAUGCAGCGCUACGUUUUGUGAUGACUUCUUGUACCAUAUCCAUUUUAGGGUAUCGAUGAAUAGUUCUGUUGCUGAUGUACCAAGGCGCAUUAGUGAUGGUUCUGAGGGUUUUUGAUUGGAAGCGUUGGAUGAUUUCGAUGUUGGAGUGACUAGCUGUUCCCCAUAGUUCCAACCCAUAUGUCCAGAUUGAUAUAAGUAUUGCCUUAUAGAGCAGCAAUUUAUAAUCCAGAGAUAGUCUUGAUGAACGGCCCCUUAACCAACACAUAUUUUUGAAUUGGAGACCUAGUUGCUUUCUCUUGGUCCAGAUAUGUUUUCUCCAUGUGAGACUUCUGUCCAAAUGAAUACCAAGAUAUUUUACCUCGUUGGCUGAUGAUAAUUGGUGAUUGUUUAAAGUUACAGGAGGACAAGUUCCUCUUCGUGUUGUAAAUGUAACAUGAAUAGAUUUUUCUUCAUUGACUUUAAUUUUCCAUUCCAAAAACCAAUCGUGGAUUCUGUCUAGAUACGCUUGAAGGAGAUGCGAGGCAUAAAUAAGGUCAGUGUGUGAGGCUAGGAUUGCAAUAUCGUCGGCAAAUGUUCCUAGCAUCAUUUCUUCUGUAGGUGGUCUCUCCUAUAGUGGUUCCUGAAGAGUUGGAGGUAUAUCUGCUGUAAACAAGAGAUACAAGGUAGGUCCCAGCACGCUACCCUGUGGUACGCCAGCUUUGAUAGAAUAGAGUUUGGAAAUUGCAUCUUGGUAUUUAAUAAAAUAACACCUACCUGACAAAUAUGACUCAAGAAGAAUGUAAAAGCUGUGCGGUAAUGUCCUUUUUAGCUUGUAUAGGAGGCCUUCAUGCCAUACCUUGUCAAAUGCCUGCCUAACGUCAAGAAAUGCUACUGAACAGUACCUUUUGGCCUCAAAAUCAGCAUUUAUAUGUUUUACCACUCUGUGAACUUGUUGAAUUGUUGAGUGAUGGGGCCGAAAUUAAAACUGGUGGUCUGGAAUUAGAUUUUUGAUCCAGGGUUCGAGUUUUUUUACUAAUAGUUUUUCGAAAACUUUAGACGUGAUUGGCAAGAGGCUGAUUGGCCUGUACGAUGUAGUUUCUUCUUGAGGUUUCCCCGGUUUUAGAAUGGUUAUUAUCUGAGACACUUUCCAUUGAUCAGGAAAGUAACCUUAGUUUAAUAUGGCAUUGAAUAUAAACGAUAUAAGUUUUAUGCAUUUGAGAGGUAAUUCUUUCAACACUUUUCCACUGAUCAAGUCGUACCCUGGAAAAAGGAGUCUCCUUUUAAUGGUGGUCAAAAGUACUCUGUCUCUUCCCAUUCUGUGCAACACUAUUUCGUUCGUAAUAUGAUCGAUCUAUGGUAUUUUCAAGAUUCUCCUAAAAAGCCACAUCUCAAAAGCUUCCAGCUUUCUCAUUAAGUCAACAUUAACAGUCCAAGCGUCAGUACCAUAAAGAAGGAUAGGAGUGAUAUAACAUUUUACCAUCCAAUAUGCGAUUUUCAGAUUGAUUUUUUUGGUUACUCAGAAAUUUCCUUACCUUUGAAAAGACAGCUCUUGAUUGCUCUAUUGAUCGAAUUUCUGAUUUCGGAUUUCCGUAAUCCAGACUUGUAAGUAUUUAAUUCUGUUCACUAGUUCAAUAUCUUCAAUUUUUUAUCUGGAAUAUUGUUAUGACUUUGCCCCUCUUACUGAUAACCGUGGUUUUUGUUUUUUUUUUAUGGUUAUUGUUACACCAAACUGUUCUCCAGUAUCACAAAUUGUGUUUAGUAACGUCUGCAAGUCUUUCUCACUUUCAGCAAUAAUGACUGUAUCGUCGCCAUUUUCACCAUUUAUCUUGAUCUCUUCUGUACAAAUUUCAAGUGCUUGUGUAAAUAACUUGAAACAAAGAACCAUAAACUACGCUCGCUAAUUGAAAUACCAUUCGAAAAUAAUAUUUCAACCAACCAAUAUAGUUAUCGUUCACCCUGGCCUAGUUCAGUCUCCCAAGGUGUGUGUUCGCCUUGUCCUAAUCUUAAAUAUGAACUAUGAAAAUUCAGAAUGGAAGGAAACAUUCUAGUAAACAAGAGAUUUAAGAAUGGUGUCAAGAGAUCAACGACAUAUCCUGGUGGAGAUAUCGGUUCAGACCAUAACCCUCUAAUAGCUGACAUCCAAGUGAAGCUCAAAAAAGUCGAAGAAAGCCCCAAAACACCAAAAUUACAUAUAUCAGCAUCCAACAAAACGCUAAUAGAAAAUGACCUGAAUAAUCAGCUCAAGAAUUCAACAAAUGAAAACAAUACAGAAAUAUGGAACACGUUUAAAGAUCUUACCUGGAAAGUAAUGGAAAAAUAUACAACAACGAUGCAGAGGCACAAAAAACAACAAUGGAUGACUGAUGAAAUCCUGGAAUUGAUGGAGCAGAAAAGAAAACUGAAAGAUAACAAAACAGAAUACAAAGAAAAACAGAAACUAAUUAAACAAAAAAUAAAGGUAGCUAAAGAAAAAUGGAUGGAGGAUAAAUGCAAGGAAUUAGAAAAGUUGAAUGAAAAACAUGAUACGUUUAAUAUGUUUAAAAAAGUUAGAGAAGUAGCUGGUCUUUAUCAUAAAAAAACUCCACAUACUAUAACCGAUUCAUCGGGAAAAAUGAUAAUAGACGAACACGAAAUUCGAAAUACCUGGUAUAAUUAUAUAAAUGAACUGUAUAAUGAUGAUAGACCCGAAGAACUGGAGACUAGAUGAAGGUGAAGGACCAGAAAUACUAAAAUCAGAAAUACUACAUGCUAUAAAAUUGGCAAAAAACAAGAAAGCCGUUGGUCCCGACAACAUACCUGCAGAAAUGUUAAAGCUCAUAAAUGAGGAAAACAUUCGAACUUUUGGCAAUAAAUGAGGCAAACUUUUCAAUGAUGUUUAUUCGACUAGUGAUAUCCCUGAAGAUUGGUUAAAGUUCGAAUUCAUAACCCUACCAAAAAAACAAGGUCCGAAAAACUGUAGCGAUUGAGGGGGUGAAAACCACCCCGGGGCAAAAGCACAUAUCGGCACAAUAUCAUUGUUUUUCUUUGACUUGUUAGCUACGUGUAUGCCAAAUUUCAUGUCAAUCCAAGCGGUUCUUUAAAAGGUUUUGCAAUAUUUUACCGUUAAAGAACGUACUAAUAUACCAAAAUUGGAUGCAAGUGGCUCAGGACAGGAAUUUGUGGGGUGAACUACGAUAGGCCUACGUUCAGCAGUGGACAAGUAUAGGCGGAUUGAUGACAGUUGCGACGUCCGCCACGCCCACCGAUCGGUGUGGCCUCUAACUUAUCUUGGUAAUGAACGUAAUAUACUAACUAAUUUCUUUUCUAAGAAAUCGUAGAAGUAUUGAGAUCAGCGCCGAUUCAAUUCGAAAAAAGAAGUCGAAUUGUUAACCUUAUUGAUUUACAUCAUCAUCAUUAAGGCUCUUUUUUGGGAGAGGGGACUGUUUUGUUGGACCGAUAAGAGCCUACUUCGAUAUAUGUUUUUAGUGGGUGUUAUAUUGUUGUUUAACUUGUUAUUGCCUUUACCUCUUUAAUUUAAGGGGUAAGUCCGGCAAUGGUUUGUCUCAUUUUAAACAUUACGUCGGUUAAUCAAUCCCGGGCCUAACUAGUAAAUCAAUGGUCAAGACACUAACAAUGUCUUAAGUGAUUUUUUUUAUUAUAUUUUUCACUAUCAAGAACUUUCAUGCAUUAUACCAAAAUGUUCUAGUCAAAAUUUUGUUGGAAGAGUUAUGGUUUUUGAAAUACAUUGUAUUAUUUUUAUAUUCUAGUACGUCAUAAUUGUACAGUGAAUAAGAAAGUUUCGUGAAAGUAUUAUUUUUUUUUUUACUCGAACAGUAUCUCCAAUUGAUCAACUUUUGUUUAACUUAUUUAAGGACAAAAAAUAUUAAAAAAGCGAUUUUUAACGAAAUUUUUCGUAGCUGUCAUAUUGCUGCUGAUUCUAAUUAUUGUUAGUUUAAUAGUUUUUUACAUUGUUUUAUUUUAGAUUAUUAUUGAGAUAAUUGUGGCAACUGAGCUCUCUCGAUGACAAUAUGGUUGUUAGCAUUAAGGGGCAUUAACCUGAAAAUUGACAAAUUAUUUCAACUGACACAAAUAAACGUCAAGAUAUGACAGUGUAGAAGCUAAAUAUUUUUGGGCUAAGGGAAUGGGAAAACUGUUUAGUUUUGAAAUUAGUUUUUAAAUAAAAAAGAUUUUAAAAAUUAAAUUAAAAUUAUUAACUUAUUAAUCAUAAAUUGUGUUUUUGAUUUAUUUUGGACAGCCUUGCUUCAAAACUCACUCAUUCUGUUUGUUCUAACAGCUCUAUUGUACCAAAAACUCGUACUCGAACAGAACAUUCAACUAAAACAGGUUAGCGCAAUUGCCACAAUUCUCUCAAUGUAUAUUCUCUAUGUCCAGCUGAACGAUUUACGUAGUGUAUACAUAUUGUUCUAUAUACGAAAUAUUGUACACUUUUAUGUUUGUUAUACAAACUCACUCCACUUGUUUAAGUUUGUAUGUGUUUCGCGUUAUCUCAAAAUUAUUCUAUAAAACGAUCAUUUCGAUCGUUUCGAAGUCCGAAAUUUUAGAUCAGCUUUUUAUCGGAGUUCGCAACGGUGCUCCAUCUCCAGCACGCAUCAAUGGUGGUGGAAGCUUCUUGGUGGGAAUAAGCGCGUACAAAGAGGCGGCAAGCGCUGACGAUGUAUAUUGUUUCAAUGUUCGUCUUAAUGCUUCGUUGCCAAUUUGUUUUUCGAUAUAUAGUAGAUUGAAAUGAUCGUCUAAUCUAAAAGUUAGCAACUAACUCUACACGUUACCGAUUUCAUUGGUGAUGAUGCUGUAAACCAUUUUUUGUGAUAUCUCUUAUAAUAUCAAAAGAGUACCUACUUACCGCACUGUGUAGAAUUUAGAUACGGUUUAAUACUAACAGUCAAUUUAAUAAUUGUAUACCUCUAGACUACAAAGAAUACAGUUACGAAAGCUUUAACGAGAUAGCUAGUUAGAUUUACGAUAAUUACGCUACUUUUGAAAAGAAAGUAAAUUUUGCAAAGGAUGAUUAUGUAACCAUUAGAUAUAGUGUUUUUUGAUAUCGUUUAUUUGUGUGUAUUAACUAAAAAUCGAUAGUACUUAAAUAUACAGUGUGCCAAAGCCAAAUAGAAUUAAUUCAUUAUUUCGUUAAUGAGCUAUUUUGGAAUAAAAUCAGGAAUACAUUCUUCUUUUUGUGUUAAUUAAUUUAAUUUAAAAAAAAUUAGACACCCUGUAUACAUAAUUAUGUUAAUGUUUAUAUUACUGAAUAGAGAUUUGCAUAACCUUUCAAAUAAUCUAGCUAACACGACCCAUAUUUUCAUUUAAAAAAAUAUCGAUUACGCCAUUACGCCCAGAUGGAUGACAUCACUAUGAUAUAUAGGGUGUGCAGAAACUCUCCCGAUAAAUGAAGACCGGAGAGUCCUGAGCACAGAUAUGACACCACGCAGCUCCUGUCAAAUGUCAAGUGACGUCAAUACGUGACGAUCCCGACAUUUUUGUCAUUUGUUGUUGUUUGCUUCUGCUAUUUAUAUAACAGGUUAAACAUUUGGAAAAACUGGUUGUCAGAAACGAGUUCAAUUGCCUCUACAAUACCUCCUUAUAGAAAAUAAUUCUAAAAGUGACCAUCAUUAUACAGCUAUUUCUCAAUUAGAACAAAAUGAGAUCGAUACUGAAAUAAUCUCACAGAAUGGUGAAGAUGACCAUAAAAGAAUCGGUAGAUAUGGAAACAGGAAAAUAUAACCUAAGAAAUUGUGAUCAAACUAAAAAGCCUUCACACAAAUUUCCACUGCAGAACAAGUUACAGAUGUGAUGACCAAACCUCUAACGAAAAUAAGCUUCUACAUUCUCUCAAAGACGGUACCAUGGUACCGACCAUAACACCGACGUGGUCGUUAUGUAUUCUUUGUCGGUACUGAUGUAGAUGCGAAAAACCUUUUUAAUAUGGGAAAGUAUUGAAAUUUAGUAGGUAUUAAUAAUGUUUUUCUCAUUGUAUUCAGUGAAUGUCAUAAUUACGUUAGUGUGAUAAUAAUUUUAAUGAAAACAUCACUAUUUUAAGUGCACAUUUGCCUAUUUUAUCUUCAAUAAAUCCAUAAUUCACAAAAGUUUAUAUCCAUUACUUUAUCACUACGUUUUGUAAAAAGAAAUUUAACAUAAAUAAUCCGUAAUUUUGUUACCAGAAUGCUUCCACUCUUCAUGUUAUCCAUAAGUUAUUUCAAAUUGGAGGCGCUAACUAGUCACGUAUUGACGUCAUGCGCAGAACCGAACGAAUUUGAAACACUUUGGUGUCAUAUCUCAUGGUCCUCAGUAAAUUUAAAGAUAGUUUGACAAAAGACGCUUUCCACGCAUGAUUUUUUGGGUAUUGAAACGGAUAUGAGUUGCUAGGGAACGAAUCUGGUGAAUGCGUGAUGUUCCAACAAGUUUGAGUUGAUUGAAGUUUUGUGUACGGCGCAAGAGGUGACAUGUGUAAAGGCAAACGGGAGAUAUGAGAGGAAGCAACCAUAUUGGUGGAAUGAGAGACUUAAGCAACUGAGGACACAAUGUAUGGAGCGCAAGAAGUUAAGAAAUGUGCAUUAGGAGAUUUGGAAGAGAAAGUACGGCGUUUAUUAGACACCAUCGCCUAAAUACUGUAUACAGUUACUUGUGACAAUUCUGUGACAAUUUACGUCGAAUUGAAGUUCAAAAUGUCCCAAAGGUUUAAUUUUAACAUUACCCUAACUGUCAUAAACUAUAUUUUUUUAGUUAAUACGCACCCUGGUUAAUUAUUUUUGCUCUUCAAUUCGCAACAAACACAGUUUGCUCACACAUUUUAAUCGAUUGCUUUAAAAAAAAAGUUGCGAUGAAGGGUACUAAAUAAUUGUAUUAUUACCAAAGUAUACUUACCAAAUAGCCAAAUAGAAUGCAUUUACAGUUUUAAAUGGAAGAAGAUAUGUAUUUGUUAUUAUUUACUUAUCGUCUAUUGAGUCUCCUCUUUAUCAUUUUGCUUUUAAUCGAUUCUGUAUUAUAAUACAGUCUAAAAGCGUGUUGAAAAAAAUUAUCCCCUGUACUAUAAUACCUUUAUUUUUAUAAAAUUCAUAAAUAGGGGAGUGCAUAUAGAUUUUUACUUCGGAAAAAAUCAAACAAGAUAGAACUUUUUGUAAUUUCAUUAAGAAAUGUUUAAUAAACAACAUAUCAAAAAGUUCUACUCGAGAAGUGGGUGCUUCAUUUUUUAUUAAACAAAUGAACUACGAAAUUAGAUGUUUUUUUAAAUAACUCCGAAAAUAUAAAUUUUAGAAAAAAACUGACUUGACCAUUGAAAAAUUCAGAAAAUUUUACAAAAAAAACCUUAUAUAAAGAAUUUUCUAAAAUUAAAUCUGUAUCUUCUAUAAUUUCUUAUUUAUAACGCUAAAGUCACCCUUCUCACAAACAUUGGCGCACUGUAACUAGCGUACGGCGAAGUGUACGGUUGAGUUAUUUUAAUGUAAUUCUUUAACUGGAUCAAAUAAAAUUUUAUAAAUUGAACAUGAAAGAAGUAUAAUUAAACUAUCUUAUGGUUAUAAUAAAAAGAAAUAAAAUGUAUGGGCAUAAGUACGGUGUGGGCAGAAAAUGAGCCUUACAUGAAUUUUGUUUAAAAAUGAUUUAAAAAUGUGUAACUAAUACAAUUUUUCUUAUAAAACCCUCAAUUUUGCACAACUUACCUUUCAAGCAUCUUACUAAAUGGUGUUUUAUUAAAAAAAAUCUAAAAAAUUUAAUUCCAAUGAUAUGACGUCUCAAAAAAUGUAAUUUUUGAAAUCUUCGUAGUUUUAUAGAAUUACCACCACUUUAAGACGGUAUUACUCAAGUUUGAACAAAUCUAUUACAGUUUUAUAAGUGCUUUUUUAAAGCUUAGGAUGUAAUUUUUAAAAUGCACUAAAUUAUUUUACUUUAGAGAUGAAAUAAACUAUUUCUUUUUGAGAAAAUUAAUAAAUAUAACAAAAAUGUAAUACAAAAACCGAAAAUUACCAGCUAAAAAUAUGUUUAUACAAAGUGAUUAAAACUUUUUUCUGUAAAACUUACCUAAAAUACAUUUAAUAAUAAGCUUCAACAAUAAUAAAUGUUAAGCAAAAAUAAAUUUUUUUAGCUCUUAUACAGUAUGUCUGCGUAACUUGGAACCUAUUGAUAACUUUUUUUAUUAUCAGUUUUACGAAAAAAAUUUAUUCUUUAUAAAAUACUCUGCAUCGUAUAUAAUCUAAGAUGCAAUCAUCAAAUAUCAAAUUUAAUUAAUUUUAUACGAGGUAUGUCAAAAAAUAUGAAUUUCACUCAAGAGUAAAGUACCGUUACAUUUCACAAUAUCGAAAAUUGUUAUUAAGAAAAGUUAUUUGGAAUUAAAAAAUUUGUUUUAGUGUUCAAUUACAUCCUUCUAAUUAAAAUAUUGUGAAUAAUAAAGACACUUAACUCUUAAGAAAAAUUCAUAUUUUUUACAUACCUCGUAUAAAAUUAAAAAAGUUAUCUGAUGGUUGUAUCUUGAUUUUAGACCAGGGAGAGAAUUUUAUGAAGAAUAACUUUUUUUCGUAAAAGUGAUAAUAAAAUAGUUAUCAUAAUUGUAAUAAAAUGAUGAUGAGUAUCCGUAAUCUGAGAAAAAAUUCAAAUUUUUUUUUUCGGUUAGAAUGAUGUAAUUGUAUAUUUAAACAUAGUUUUUAAUUUCAAACAACUUUUCAUAAUAGCAUUUUUUGAUAUUCUGGAAUAUAAAGGUACUUUACUCUAUAACGAAAUUCAUAUUUUUGACAUAACUCGUAUAAAAUUGAUAAAAUUUGAUAUCUGAUGGUUGAGUUUUAGAUUUUUGACUAUCCAGAGCAUUUUAUGAAGAAUAACUGUUUUUCGUAAAAUUGAUAAUAAAAAAGUUUUCCAUGUGGUUCUUAGCUACGCAGACAUACUGUAUAAGAGCUUCUGUAUAAGAAUUUUCAAAUUGCAAUGCCAUAUUCGGAUUCAGCAUAAUCAAAAACAAAAUAGAAACAUAUUUGAUCAAAGUAAAAUGAUGGAUUUAACGAUAUUUUUAAAAUUAUUUAACAAAACAAUUGUUAUUGUUUAAACAAUUAAUAAACAAUUAGCGGCCAAAUCCGCGAGUAGAACUUUUUUACUUUAACAUGUAUAUAAACUAACAAAAAAAGUUUUAGAAAAAUAUAAGCUUGUCUGAAUUUUUCCGAGACAAUGCAUGUUUUCGUUCUAAUUGCACUCCCCUAAAAUCUUAAUCAUUUAAAACUGUGAGUGCUGCGUAUAGGACGCGUUUGAGUAAAUUUGGAGAUAUUUUAUAAAUAUUUUUGUGUACCGUAUUAGUUACUAUGAUUCUUGUAGUAUUCUGUAAAAUUUAUUAAUAUUUAUAACCAGUGGGACAGAGAAGAUCAAUGAAAUCAGAUGAUCUGUUUUCACUUAAAUGUUCUUCUAAUUUGUUUUGUUGUUUGUUUGGGUUUAUAUGACUGCGGACACUAAAUCCAUUCGCUAUUCCUCUAAUUUGGUGUAUAUGCGCGAGUGAAUGAUAGUAAGGAGUACUUCAAGUACAUUGCUCAUCUUUGUGUUUUUUUUUUGUUAAGUGACCAGUAUCAUAUACGUUGUUGAAAAGUGGUGUGCCUCUUGUAGCUUUAAAGUUUCACCAUGCACUUCAUCAGAUCCUGGUGAGUUUCCAUCUUUAAUUCGAUUAAUUGCCGUAGCUACUUCUUCUUUUCUUAAUUCUGGGCCGUAGGGAUUGUCUAUUUUAGUCGGUCUUCUUGCUAUAUCUUCGAAUAAUUUAUGCAUGUAUUCUUUCCAUCUUCCAAAUUUAUCUUCAAUUGUAGUCAAAAUCUGGCCUUCGGUGUCUACAACUAUGCCUGUAUUGCGUUGUUUUCUGGUAUUCAGUAUCUCUUUAAUCUUUUUGUGCAUAUGGAAAUCGUCAUGUUUGCAUUGUAGUGUUUCAAUUUCCGUACAUUUCUCCAUCAGCCAUGUUUCUUUUGCUUUUUUUAUUUCCCGUGGUAUAUUCUUAAGCAACUUUUCCUGACAUUUCUGCCUUCGCUAUUCCGUCUUCAGAGAUAUUUCAGCUGCGAUCCAUUCUUGCUUCUUUUCUUUUUUUUUUUUGCUGUAAGAUUUUCAUGAAGAAAAUAUGGUAAUAGAUGUGUUCAUUUAGUUCCACUGUUCUUAUGCCGCUAGUAGUGUUUUCAACUAUUUUCGCAAAAUUCUUAUGCUGUUUUUACUUUUUUCUGGAUGUUUUUCCUCUUUUCUUUCAGUAGUUUUAUAUAUAUUUUGGGGCCUCAUUUUCGUGUGGAUUAUUUUGAGACUUCAUCUACCGUUCUAAUUCCUGUGGCCACAUUUUAAUCUACCUUUCUCUCUUUUUUUAAGACGUCUCUUUGCUUUAUCUUCAUUUCUUCUCUUCACUAAAAGCAGUGGCGGCUUUUGGUGGCCGAUCCACACAUUUAAUGACACAUUAUAGAUUUUUUUAAAUAUAUAAGUUAAUCAGAGUUGAUGAUAUUCGUUUCUGUGACAUAAAAAAAUAUCUGUGAGAUAAUACAGACUAAAUUUUAUUCAUUGUUUUUUAAAAGAAUUCGAUCGAUCCGAUACGUUAAGUGAUCCCUGUGCGUUGUGCGUAAGAGACUUUUCAAAUUAAUGAUCCUAGCCAUACACCCGAUUGCGAUUGUGUGAAUUCAAGGCCCGCUUCGGCAAGCCGUCCCCAGAUUGACCAUUUGCUUGUCCUAAGAAGCUAUGGAAUAUUAGCCGAUAGGCAACCAAUUAUACAUUCCCUGUAUUUAUUUGAAUGGCAAGUACGGCAGAUAAACAAUCUGCCGAGCGUGAUCUGCAAACUGAAACAAGACACGUACCUAUAGACCAGGGCGCAUCUGUAAAAAUAUUAGUAACAUUAAUUUGGACGUUGAGAGGUGACUCAUAUUUGUAUGCAGAAAUUGCUUGAAAAUAACUCAUAUAAUAAUAUUUGAGUUAUCCUCCCACUUAAAAAGGUCCCGGAACAUUGUUUAAAUAAUCGAAAUGUCAAAAAAUGAAGGAAAAAUUCGAUUUUUUUCUUCAUUUUUUGAUUAUAACUUUAAAAGUAUUCAUUUUCGAGAAAAGUUGCACUGACAUAAAAGUUUUUUUUUAUUAAAUUUCCUACAAUAUAGGAUUAGUUAAAAUUUUUAAAAAUUGUCACCCUUGUUGCAAAAUAGCAAUAAUUGCGAAAAAAUCAUAAAAAACAAGUAUUCGCAUUUUAUGUUUUUCAACCGUUUAUGCUACACUAAGGACCUUCAUAAUUUUACCCAGAAAAAACUAUAUCAUAUAAUAAAACAAUUUAAGUUAAUUUCAUUACGAUCGGUUCAAUAUAUUUUGCAAUCCAGCUUUCGCAAAAAAAUUCAUUUUUUCAAAAUGUUGCAGAACUGAAAAUAAAGCAGACAGCAAGUUGAAUUUAUUUUUACGUAUAGAAGAAUACUGUACCUUUCUUCUAUAUCUAAAAAAAAUUCAACUUGCUAUCUGCUUUAUUGUCAGUACUGCAACAUUUUGAAAAAAUUAAAUUUUUUUGCAAAAGCUGGAUUGCAAAAGUAUUGAAUCGAUCUUAAUGAAAUUUACAGUAUGUAUUGUUUUAUUAUAUCAUAAAGGUUUUCUGGUUAAAAUAUGAAGGUCGUAAGUGUACCAUAAAUGGUUGAAAAACGUAAAAUGCGAAUACUUAUUUUUUAUGUUUUUUUCGCAAUUAUUGCUGUUUUGCAACAAGGAUGACACUUUUUAAAAUUUUUAACCGAUCCUAUAUUGUAGGAAAUUUAAUUACGCAACUUUUAUGCCAGUGUAACUUUUCUCAGAAGUGAAUACUUUGAAAGUUAAAAUCAAAAAACGAAGAAAAAAAUCGAAGUUUUUCUUCAUUUUUUGACAUUUUGAUUAUUUAAACAAUGUUCCGGACCUUUUUGAUUGGAAGGAUAACUCAAUUAUUAUUUCCAAAGAAUUUUCAAAAUAUCUAUUAGACAAGUUCAUUAAAAAAAAUUAUCCAUCAUUCUUUAAUCAAAUAAAAUAAGAAAAUUGAUUAACAGUUUUAUAUGCUGAUCUAUAUAUUUUCGGAAGGUGGAAUAAGUUACAAAAUAUGUUUAAUUUUAUCUACUGCAAUUCAUUAGGUAUAACAAACUACAAACUGUUCCCGAAAUUAUUAAAUUAUUGUGCUCAAAUGUAUGCAUAUUCUGCCUCAAAUGAACGGGAUUUCUCUUGUCUCAAAAGAAUCAAAACGUAUUGUCGAAACACCAUGAAACAAGAGAGAAUGUCAAGCUUGUCUCAAAUGUCAACAGAAAAAAACUUUAAGAAUCUCUCCAAAAUAAUAAUAAAUUUUACAAUGACGUUAUAACCCAUUUUGCUACUUCGAAACAACAUACAUUGCAAAGAGUUAAUUUAUAAACAGGUUUAGGUUCUAAAUUUAUAGGAAAAAACAAAAAAAAAAAAAAACAAAAAAAAACAAAAAAAAAAUUAAAAAAAAAACAAAAACCAAAAAUCUAUGAAAUUGAAGCCUUUUAAUUAGAUGGCAUACCUAUCUGAGGAGCAUACCCUGUCCCUAAAGCCACGAGCCGCCACUGACUAAAAAAUUCAUUGGAACACAUCCAUGGGACACCGUUGUUGUGAAAACAACAGUUAUUUACAUUAAUUUGCUUUUAUAAAAAUAUCUCUCUUGUAAAUAUGUUGGGACAACCUGUAUUGUUAGUCCAUUCUUUCACGGUUUUUGCUCUAAAUUUUAAAGAACCGCUUGGAUUAACAUGAAAUUUGGCAUACGCAUAGCUUACACGUCAAAGAAAAAAAGUGAUAUUGUGCCGAUGUGUGCUUUUGCCCUGGGGGUGACUUUCACCCCCUCUUGGGGGUGAAAAAAUAUAUGUCCAAAACAAGUCCGGAAAUGGGUAAACUGACUAAUUUUAAGUAACUUUUGUUCUAUAGAGCUUUUUCGCCAAGUCAACACUUUUCGAGUUAUUUGCGAGUGAAUAUGUUCAUUUUUCAACAAAAUAACCACAUUUAUACAGCGUGUCUACUUAAGUUGGAAACAUAUGGGAAACUUUUUUGUUAUUCAUUUUACGAAAAAAAGUUAUUCUUUAUAAAAAGUUCUGCAUGCUCUAAAACCUAAGAUUCAAUCAUCAGAUAUCAAAUUUUGUCAAUAUUAUACGAGGUAUGUCAAAAAAUAUGAACUUCGUUUAAGAGUAAAGUACCUUUAUUUCCCUCAAUAUCGAAAAUUCUUAUUAUGAAAAGUUGUUUGGAAAUAAAAACUAAGAUCAAUAUUGCAAUUACAUGCUUCUUAUUGGAAAAAAUAUUUUCCAAAUUUUUGUCAAAUUUAUUGAUGCUAACUUCGUUUUUAUUUAUUACACAUACGAUAACUCUUUUAUUAUUACUUUUACGAAAAAAAGAUAUUCUUUAUAAAAAGCUCUGUAUGUCCUAAGACCGAAGAUGCAACCAUCAGAUAUCACAUUUUAUUAAUUUUAUACAAGGUAUGUCAAAAAAUAUGAAUUUCACUCAAGAGUAAAGUACCUUUAUUUUUCACAAUAUUGAAAACGGUUAUUAAAAAAGUUGUUUAGAAUUAAAAACUAUGUUUCAAUAUGCAAUUACAUCCUUCUAAUUGAAAUAUUGUGAAAUAUAAAGGUACUAUAAUCUUGAGCGAAUUUCAUAUUUUUUGACACACCUCGUAUAAAAUUAAUAAAAGUUGAUAUAUCAUGGUUGUGUCUUACAUUUUAGACCAUGCAAAGCUUUUUAUGAAGAAUAACUUUUUUUCGUAAAAUGAAUAAUAAACGAGUUAUCAUAUUUGUAAUAAUUAAAAACGAUGUUGGGUAUCCAUAAAUUUGAGAAAUUUUUUUUUUUCAAUUAGAAGCAUAUAAUUGCAUAUCGCAUCUUAGUUUUUAAUUCCAAACAACUUUUUAUCAUAAGAAUUUUCGAUAUUGAGAGAAAUAAAGGUACUUUACCCUUGACCGAAAUUCAUAUUUUUUUACAUACCUCGUAUAUUAUUGAGAAAAUUUGAUAUUUGAUGAUUGAAUCUUAGGUUUUGGGGCAUGCAGAACUUUUUAUAAAGAAAGCUUUUUUUCGUAAAAUUAAUAAUAAAAAAGUUUCCCAUAUGUUUCCAACUUAAGUAGACACGCUGUAGACGGUUUUUCGCAAAUAACUCAAAAAGUAAGUAUUUUCUCGAAAAACCGUUCUUAGCAAAAAUAUAGCCUAUAAAAAAGUAAAAAAAUGGUGUACGCGUUAGGUCUCUGGAUCUCGUAGAACCAGAGUUAUAGCCAAUGAAAAAUAUAUUCAUAUUCACCAAAUUUCAAAUAGAAUAUUUCGACGUGAAAUAUCCAAAAAAUUAAGCACUUUUUGGGGAAAGCCCAAUAUAACUUUUUUAAAGUAUUUAAAAAAAGCUUUAUUUCUGUUUUUACGAAAAGUUUCUAGCAUUAAAUUUAAGCAAGUUACGCUCAAGAUAAAGUUGGUCCCUUUUGUUUUUGCAAAAAAAAAUCGGGGAGACCACCCCCUAAUUAUCAAAGUGCCUAUUUUUGAAAAAAUUUGGUUUCAAAGUAAAAUUUUUAAAAAUUUAGAUUUUCAAGUACAGUCGACUCUCGUUAAUUCGAAACUCGAGGGACUCUUAAAAUAUUACAAAUUAUUGAGUGUUUGAAACAUCACAUGGUUCGAAAUUUGUAAGUGAAAAUAAAUAAAUCUUCGAAUUAUUAAGUGUUGACAAAAGUUUAGAGGUACUUUCGUGUACAUAUAUGUAUGUACAUACUCAUAAUGUGAAUUAAUCAAUCUUUCGAAAGAACUGUAUUAUACUGGUUUGCUUCAAAGCACAUUGCUGCUGCUCCGAGUGCUCAAUAAUUUUUUUUAAGAGAAAAAAGUGCCUGAAAUGCUUUUUCAUCACUUUCAUUUUGUAGACAGAAGGUUUGUAAGGUAUCAAAUCAGGAUCUUGCUUCCUUAACUGACACCUCUGCCAAAGGUUCUUAUGUAUCGUACUCAUCUUAAGGAACGGAUCUAGAAAUUCAUAAUAGGGGGGGUCUAGACUUACUUACUGAUCGUUUGAAAAUAAGAGUUGACAGAAAAAAAUAAUAAAUAAUAAAAAAAUGCUUAUAGAGUAAAUACAAUAGGGGUCCAUGGACCCGUUGACCCCCUCUGUAUCCGCGCAUCUUCAUCGUUACUUUUUUCAUUCGUAUCUGUCGUAGAUAAAAUUUCGCCAUCGGUUAGUGAACCUGAGACAGCAACAUCUUCAUCUACUUGAACAAAGUCGGAAAAACUCACACCACUGAUGUCAACUAAUGGUUCUAUUGCUGGUCCUUCAUCAUCCAUAAGUAUUGGAAGAUUUUCCUGAUCUUCUUUGAAGAAACCGGACUUUUUGAAGCAGGUACAGAAAAAGAAAGUACAGAAAACUGUACUUACCACAAUCUUCCCGCAUCUUUCUCUCUGCAACUUUGAAUUGUCGAGCGCUGGAUGCCGAUGAGUUUGAAUUAACGCGUCGUUUUGUUAUAUAGCAAUGAUUUUUGUCGUUCGAAUUACCAAGUGCAUAAAAAUGUAUUGAUUUAGUUCGAAAUAUAAAGAGAUUUUGUAGGGAACUCGUGAUAACUUUGGAUUAUAGAAAGGUUCGAAUUAUCGCAGGUUUGAAUUAACGCGAGUCGACUGUAUACCGUAUGUAUUUACCGGUAUAUACCGUAUGUAUAUACCGGUUUGUAUACUGUAUGUAGAGAUACCAAAAAUCUCGAAAAACAAAAAAAGUCAGAUUUGCUUUUCUGAAUAUCAUUUAUUUUUUUUGUUUUUCUGUUAGACAAAAAUUGAUCAAGAUUUGGUGUUUCUAAAUUUGCAUACAUUCGUGAUCAGUGACUCGUUCAACCCCUUUUAACUACAGCCCUUUCAUUAAUAAGGACUGUGAACCGAUGAAACUUACAGAUCAUAUGAACAAUAUAUACACGAGUCAAGAAACUUGUGAAGUCGUUACGAUUAAGUUCAUUUAAGAUACUAAUUAGGGGGUGAUUUUCUCGAUUUUUUACCAAAACCAAAAGGGACUAACUUUAUUUUGAGCGUAACUUGUUUAAUUUUGAUGCUAGAAAUUUUUUUUAUAAAACAAAAAUGAAGCUUUUUUAAACACUUUAAAUAAGUUGUAAUGAGUUUUCCCCGAAAUGUGCUUCAAUUUUGGUUAUUUCACGUUAAAGUAUUCCAUUUGGAAUUUGACGAAUAUGAACCUAUUUUUCAUUAGCUAUAACUCUGCUUCUACUAAACAAAAAGACGUGAUAUAUACACAAUUUUUUUAAAUUUUUUAUAGGCUAUAUUUUUGUUAAGAAUGCUUUUUCGACAAAAUACUUACUAUUUGAGUUAUUUGCGAAAAACCGUCUAAAAGCGUGGUUAUUUUGUUGAAAAAAUGAACAUAUUCACUGCCAAAUAACUCGAAAAGUAUUGACUUAGUGAAAAAACUCUAUAGAACAAAAGUUACUUAAAAUUAGCCAGUUUACCCAUUUCCUGACUUUGUUUGGACGAAUAUUUUUUUACCCCCAAGAGGGGGUGAAAACCACCCCCAGGGCAAAAGCACAUAUCGGCACAAUAUCACUUUUUUUCUUUGACUUGUUAGCUGUGUGUAUGCCAAAUUUCAUGUCAAUCCAAGCGGUUCUUUAAAAUAUAGAGGUUUUGCAAUAUUUUACCGUUAAUUAAUGGACUAUGUGUUUAAAAUAUUUAAUUCUCUGAAAAACUUGAGGAGUGUAGCGUUGUGUGUUUCAUAAAAUAGACAUAUGGCUGCAUUUUUAUCGUUUCGGGGUAAGCAGGUCAUUUUGCCAAAGAAGUGUAACAUGUGUGUGGCCCUUUUCAGGGCGAAUAAUGUAAACUAUCAAAGAUAAUAAUGCAGAGAUUUGAAUAGAAUUUCAGCAGUCUCUUUCUGCUCUCAGAGGUGAACACUUUGUUCGCUUGUGCGUCUCUUUUCGCCGUAAAAAUACGCUCUCCUCAAUAAUUAAUAGAUUAAAAAGACUCUUACUUUCUCUCGUUCGCUAUUAAGAAUAUAAUUUAUCGUUAAGCCGCUUAUUUGUUAAACUCGUUGUUUUUUUUUUGUUAAUAAAUGUUUUGUUCGCUGAAUAACUUUAUUUCUCGCUAAUACUCAACCCUACUGUCGUAUUAGCACCUUUAAAACCAAGCCAAAUUAAAUAUUAGAACCAGUUCUCCUAAUAGUUCACUGUUUUGCACAAUCGAAGGACAAUUACAUUACUUUGGCGACAUGCGUAUGGUCCAAAAAUAUUUACGUACCUAUGUCCAAUUAGGCAAAAGGUAAAGUUAAACCCCUUUUGCCACGGUGGGGUGAGAUUCAGUAAAAACUCACACCAACCGUUCUGUAAGUAAAAUAUAACCUUUACAGAUGCCUUUACCAUAUUUUUAAACGCUUUUAUUUAGUUCAAUAGUUUGCGUCAAAUUUUUAGACGUUAAUUUGACUGCCUUUUCUUCAAUGCAAAUGAAUGAAAAUUUGCAGACAUAUGCAUUCGCGGGAACAAUACACGAAUAAUCAAUAAAACAAAUGUUUUUAUGCUUUUUAAUUGUUUAAAUAAAAAAAACGAUUUUAAUGGAAAAUGCUUAAAUUCUCCUGUUUUUUACAAUGUAAAAACUUGAAAGUUUUGCGGAUUGUAGCUAAUGAUAUGAACUAUACAUAAUUUCACUUUUUACGUUAAUUUUUUACGUUAUGCUUCAUAAAUAAACAAUAAAGUUUCAAAUUUUUUGCCGACUCCGACUACUUUUCAUGUUAGUACAUCAUAUGCUUUAUACAUAUUUUAAUAAACAUGACGGUAUAUUUUAAUGUUUGAAAAGUGUAAGACUAAAAAGUAAAAAAUAAAAAAAUAUGAAAAAAAGAAUUUUAAGAAACGCUUUUCUUUAGUUACGAGUUACUAAAAUUAAAAAUAUUAUACAAAAUCAACUAAAAGGCAAAAAAUAAAAAAAAUUGAAAAAAUCUAACACAUUCGUUAAAGAAAAGCGUGGGGCGAAAACCAUUUAUUCGAUGAAGAUGCGCCACGCUUUUCUUUGACCUAUGUGUUAGAUUUUUUCAAUUUUUUUUUAUUUUUUGCCUUUUAGUUGAUUUUUUAUAAUAUUUUUAAUUGUAGUCACUCGUAACUAAAGAAAAGCGUUUCUUAAAAAUUUUUUUUUCCAUAUUUUUUUAUUAAUCUUUGUAUCUGUUGUUGUGAAGUAAGUACACAAUUUUAAAAGUAUAAAAUAUCUCCAAAUAAAAAUUCACUUAGUGCAUGUAUUAAGACGGUUAUACUUUUGUUAUAUAUUAUUUAUUUGUUGAUAAAAGCAAGAAACUAAGAUCAUUUUAACUGAUGACAGAUUUGAAAGUUUCGCCAAAUAUCAGUCUCAUAUUUGGAAAACUAAUAGUAAAAUCUGUCUGUUUAUUUAAGCCAAAAAUGUGGUGAUAAAUUCGUUAUUUCACUGUCAGUAUCAACAUGUUCCAAAAAUUUUCCAUAUUUUACAAACAUUUUCAUUCGAUUUACUCACUAAACAUGUUGAUUUUGACAACAAGUACUUAAAAAGAACUCUCUUGCUGAUAGUGUUGUUGUAGUUUAAGCAAUAUGUUGUUUUUUAUGUUUAUAUUGAAUAAAAAGUAUUGAAAUAAAUCAACUUUUUGUAAA